GUUUGUUUUUGCCCUUGGUGUCCACACAGUUCAGCCGUCUUUUUAAAUCUCUCUCCACUCGUGACAUCGCCGUACUCUCGCGAGAACUCGGUGGCUUAACGCGGCGGCGGACACGGAGAUGGAGAGAAAUGAGGUCUGAAAAGGACCAGAUGACGGUGGGGAAGGAGAAAAGUGUCGUCGAGAUUCAGUUCAGGGACAUCCCAAGGGAGCAGGAGAACACCCCCGGUAACCCCAAGCAGAAGGAGGAGAAGAAGGAGGUUUUCACGAAGGUGGUGAUCCGGAGGCUUCCACCCAGCCUGUCAAAGGACCAGCUAGAAGAACAACUCAGUCCACUUCCAUCAUAUGACUAUUUUGAGUUCUUCCCUGCAGAUCAGAGCCUCUAUCCACACCUGUUCUCCAGAGCUUAUAUCAAUUUUAAAAACCCUGAAGAUAUCUUGCUCUUUAGGGACCGAUUUGAUGGCUAUGUCUUCAUUGACAACAAGGGCCAGGAGUACCCUGCAGUCGUAGAGUUUGCCCCCUUCCAGAAGAUUUCUAAGAAGAAGCUAAAAAAGAAAGAUGCCAAAGCUGGAAGCAUUGAAGAAGACCCAGAAUAUAAGCGUUUCUUGGAGAAUUACUCCUGUGAUGAGGAGAAGUCCAUGGCCAACCCUGAGACCCUGCUGGGGGAGAUCGAGGCCAAGACCAGAGAGCUCAUAGCCAAACGAACGACACCGCUGCUGGAGUACAUCAAGAACAAGAAAAUUGAGAAACAGCGAAUAAGAGAGGAAAAGAGAGAGGAGAGGAGAAGACGAGAGCUCGAAAAGAAACGACAGAGGGAAGAGGAAAAGAGAAAGCGGCGAGAGGAGGAGAGACGCAAGCGAAAAGAGGCCGAGAAGCAGAAGAAGCUGUCUGAUAAAGACAUUAAAAUCAAGCUCCUGAAGAAGAGCGACAGGGAUGAUGAUGUGGAUUCAGACCGCAUGAAGGACAAAAGUGACACUGGAGAGGCAGACAGAGGAAAGUGGGAGAAAACUGGAGGACAAAUGAAGUCGAAGGAACCCAAAGAAAAAGGUCAGCCUGAGAGCGACAAGGAGCAGCGAGAGCAACAUGGACGCAGGCAAAGAGACAAGGACCACCGUGGGAAAGACGAAGAGAGAAAACGUCAGCGACACCACUAUGAGUUUGACAAGUUCAUGCGCCGGAAGGAUGAGACCAAAUGGGGGAAAGGCUACUGCCAGGACCGAGCCAAGAAGGAGGGCCACCAUCACGGCUAUACUUACUGUCCCGACAGCGGAGACAAAGUGGGAAAGGAGGACAGGGAGGACCUGGGUAAUAGGAAGGAACGCCUCCGAAACAAGGUGAGCGAGAAGGACCGUCCAGCCAUGCAGCUCUACCAGCCCGGCGCCCGCAACAGGAAGCGAAUGAGCUCAGCAGGCAAAGGUUACGACUGCAUCCCCGUGGGCCACUCACCUGAACCCAGAACGGAGCACUGCUACGAGGUGGUCGCCAUGACAACCGGCCUGGAGAAGGGAUUUGAGAAAAGCAAAGAUGAGCAGUGAGCGUUCAGUCCAAGUCGAUGGUGACCAGACUAACGCACCCCGCUGAGGCAGUAAGGCGCUUCACAAGCAAGCAGUCUUCUAGUAGCUUUCAUCAUGAUUAGGUGUAAUAAAAUCCAAAGCUUUAACCCUCCUGUUGUCCUCAUUUACAGGCACCAAAAAAUAUCAUUUCCUUGUCUGAAAAAAAUCCAAAAAUUCAGCAAAAAAAUUCCCCAAAUUUCGGAAAUUUUGCAAAACCUUCAGGAAGAAAAUUCCAAUAAUUCCUUAAAAGUUUCCCUUUAAAGUUUUGUUUUUAAAAAAUCUUCCAAAUUUGGAAAGAAAAUUCUUGUAAAUUUUUUUUAAAAAAUGAGUAAAAAUCUUCCAAAAAAAAUCCUAAAAAUUUCUAAAGUGAUUACAUAUAUAUCAGUAAAACUUCUAAUAUUUUCUUAAGAACAUUCACAAAAAAUUAACCAAAAUCCAGUGAAAUUUGCUGGAUUUUGGUUGAUUUUUUUUCUGAAUGUUCUUCAGAAACAUUUUUAACAUUUCUUUUUUUCCACCAAAAAAUGUUCAAAGAUUUCCCAAAAAUGUUGAAAAUGUGGCCAUCAGAAGUUUCACUGUGAAAAGAGAUUUUUUUUCUCCACAUUUUCAAACUUUAAACAGGUGAAUUUUGACCCACAGGACGACAUGAGGGUUAAAUGUUGGACAAGUUUUUUUGUUGUUGUUUUUGCUGGAGCAUGAAAUUUUGACUAAAAACUGGGGCAAAACGACAGCAACUAGCAGAAUGAUAGCACAAUGGUUAACUCAGUUUGCCCCCAUUUUUAGUUACACUUUCUCGGUUCUGAUUCACAAAUCGGCAUUGGAUUUUUAAUUUAUUGAAGUCGCUACCUACUAGCUAGUUUUUGACACAACACUCGAAGCAGUCAUUCCUUCUGGUGUGUUUUUGAAGUGUGACCCUGUAGGAGGCAACUCACUAAUCAACAGUUGGUGGAAAUAUAACCUCAUCUUCUGCAAGAGAUUUCUUUUCUAAGCCUUUAUACUAGAGUCUGCUAAACUUGGAUGUUUUUAUUGAACCUAUAGAUUUUAUUAAAACUAAAAUAAUGUAAGUAGAACUUAUGGAUGGGUGAUGUAAAAUAAUAAUGUAAGAGAGGAAAUUGCGUUUGUGUGUAAAUAAGAAGAAAAGUGAUGACUGAUUAAGAGGCCAGUGUUUCAUGUCUACAUGUCCCGUGUGUUCAUACAUUUGGUCUAACUCAUCCUGAGGUGUCAUACACAGAGAUAGGAUUUUUUUGUGAGCCAAGCUUUGUACGUGAAUGUACCCAUGAGCCAGGAAGAACAGAUUCUCUAUGUUUCUAAAAAGCAUUUUCAAGAAACUAAUGGUAAAACUGCAAAGUUGAGGAAAACAGUUAAUUUUCUAUGCUGUUUGCAUGGUUUUAUAUUAAUGCUGUCAACUAAAUGUAAGUACAAAAACACAAAAAAUAAUUAAUGGAGAAAAACAGUCAGUUUAACAAGCCUUAUUAUUUUUGCAUGCAAUCCGACAUUUAUCUGUAAUACCUCUUGUGUCAUUUUGUGUUUUUCCCCUCAACUUGUGAGGCAAUAAAGCUUUUUUUUCCAUUUGAA